AUGAAGUACACCACGACAGCCCUCGCCCUCGCAGGUCUAACCACCACACUCCUCGCGCUCCCCUCUCCCUCCCCCUCCCCCCUGCGCAUCCUCCCCCCAAACUGGUCCUUCACCAUCACCUCGCUGCUCGGCCCCGGGUGUCCAGACUUGGGUAAAAACGGCACUGUGUCCCGCACGACGCGCCCAACCUUUGGUUCUAACACGGUCGACGGCUCGGAAAUCUACUACUGGUUCAUCGCGUACCCGUGGCUGCGCGUCAACCUCGCCACGGGGCCGCGCCAUACCUGGUGCGAGACGACGCUGGCGUAUACAGAGUAUGCGGAUGUGGAGAAGAAGGAGCGAGGUGAGGCGUAUAGGCUCAGGCUGCAUAAGAAUGGCACCAGGGGCAUUGCCACGUAUCAGCUGGAUGAGGGGGUUAAGGCGUAUUGGGAUUUUGCGUAUUAUAUUGGCGAGGGCAGUGCGAGACAAGAGGUCCCUGAUACCAUUGAUUUGACCGGGCCCUUGCAGUCUGGGCCGCAUGCUCAGGAGCAUUACUCCAAUAUCAGUUAUCCGCCUCAACUCAUUCCUCAGCCCAACUGCGGGAGCGGUACGUUUACUUUCCGCACGGAGCUGUGGGUGCAGGGCAACAAGGGUCAGACGGGUAUUGUGCAGAGCGAGUAUGAGCAGAGUGAGCAGCUGGGCGUGCAGUAUUAUGGUGCGCAGCAGGGUUUCAGCUAUGAUUUUGAAAAGUGCGUGUAG